AAAGCGAAGCACGCGUUUCUUGAUUUAUGUGCGCGAGUUCCCACUUCACAGUUCCCAGAUAUUUUUGUGAGCCUCCUCCGCAGAGAAAAACCGAAAACCGGGCCUAAUGAGUCCACCGCAGGCCUGCGUGUUAAUGGCGAAUUAAUGACGGGCGAUUAAAAUGCAAUAGCCACAUGCAUAGGCGCCGUAAUGAGCUGAACCCACUAACCAACCGACGACUCAGUACAGUGGAGCAGUGCCAUAAAUUAGAGUGUGCCCUGUGUGCAGUAAGUGUUGCCUACUUAGCGGCUUUUGGGCUUACGAUCUGUGUGAAGUAACCUUUUUUGCCCACGACGCCCACCAAAAAAAAAGGAAGCAAUGGUUGUUGUGUAAAACAGAUUAAAAAGAAGGGAAACUCUCAGUGAAAACGAACGAAAACACUUUCAUUGCUCCCCAGGCAAAGCUUAACUUGGCCGAGAGUUGUUGUGCCCGGCUCUAAUUUGACGGAAUCGUUAGUUGACCAAGUGAAGUCCAUCCCCCGGAAUCCCGGAAUCCGCAAUCCGGGGAUCGCGUGCCGACUACAAGCGUAAUAACAAUAAACUUGCGGAUAACAACCACAGAUACAGAUACAAAGCAGCAGCAAAAGCAAAAUGUCCCUGCCAUCCAGAGCCAAUUUCGGAUUACUCAACUGGCUCAUCGGCUGGCUUCUGCUGCUGUCGAUGGUCCUGCUCAGAGGCUACAGCGCUGCGAUGGCGCCCACGCCGCCCACAACGACGACGACCACGAUCUCGCCCUCCAAUCUGCUGCCCUACUUCGACUUUGAUGUGCCGCGCAACUUGACCGUAACCGUCGGCCAGACCGGCUUCCUCCACUGCCGCGUGGAGCGGCUCGGCGAUAAGGAUGUCUCCUGGAUACGCAAACGUGAUCUGCAUAUCCUCACCGCCGGCGGCACAACCUACACAUCCGAUCAGCGUUUUCAGGUUCUGCGACCCGAUGGCUCCGCCAAUUGGACACUGCAAAUCAAGUAUCCGCAGCCACGUGACUCCGGCGUAUACGAGUGCCAAAUCAACACGGAGCCCAAGAUGUCCCUGUCCUACACCUUCAACGUAGUGGAACUCAAAGCGGAAAUCUUCGGGCCUUCGGAUCUGAUGGUAAAAACCGGUAGCGACAUCAACCUAACAUGCAAAAUUAUGCAGGGACCCCACGAGCUGGGCAACAUAUUCUGGUACAAAGGCAGCGAAAUGCUCGAUGGCAAGGGCGAGAACGAAAUCGACAGCUCCGUGGCCCGGAUUCGCGUCGAGGAUGAUUGGACUGACGGCCUGACUUCGAGAUUAAAAAUCAAGCGCGCCAUGCCCGGCGAUACUGGCAACUACACCUGUGUGCCGACGGUGGCAAAAACCUCGAGCGUCUAUGUGCACGUAAUUAUUGGCGAACAUCCGGCGGCCAUGCAACACAAUUCGAGCAGCAACAGCAACAGCUUCUACUGCGGCAUCUGCUGCAUGCUGCUGAGCAUUGUGUCCUGCUGCCUGCAGCACUUUUACGAGGCGGGGUGUGGAUACAUUCAUGCUGCGGCAGCGGUGGCAAAAUCGGCGGGACUUGGGCCCCCGAAGCGAGCAACGCUAACGACCAGCGAAACAGGAGUAAAUGCGGCAGCAGAAGCAAAAGCGAGUGCAGCAGCAGCAACAUCCACAUCAGCAACGUGCAACAUGUUGAGAGAACGCCCAGCGGCAAUUCGGUGUCUGAGAUGAAGGAAUAAUCAACACGCAGCGAAACACUAAAAAGGCAAAAAAACACACACACAAAAAACACACGAGCAACACUCACAAACAUACACACACAUAUUCAAGGUGAUUUAAGUUUUCUAUGUAUCGCAUAUGGGGGUUCAAACUUAGGUAUUUACUAACUUCUAAGAUGAAUGCACUUAGUGGAAAAGCAAACAUAUUAGCUGAUAAGCGAACAAGUAUUAAACAGUGUUAAGAGUGGAAAAUCUAGUUGAAUGUUUUCAGGAUAAACCCGACAUAAAUGGUAUUUAAUGUGUUAUUGGCAUUGCUUUUACAUUUUGUUAACGAUAUACAAAGAAACCAACUAAUCAAGUGUGACAGAAUCCAAAAACAUACCUAUUUUCCAUAUUAAACUAAAUUUUGGACUGCAUUGUAUUAAUUUAUCGAUUAAUUAAUAAUUAUCGGUUAAUUAUUUAUUACUUUUAUCGAUUAAUUAUUGAUUACUUAACUUUUUGCAUUUUUAACAGAAUUCUGGACUGCCUAAUAAUGACUAUAGAUUGAUUAAAAACCGUAUAUUUAUCGAUUAAUUAACAACUAUCGACUAUCAAAAUAUCGGUCAACUGAUAAUCUCUUUCUACUACCGAAAAACGAUUGCACACCCAUAGUUAAACCAGCCACACUCCUUCAUUAUGAAAUAAGACUUACUAGCUAUUAAUAUCCCACAAACACAACCAGAAGCCCAGUACUUUGAAAACACAAUACCCUUAUACCCCAAACUUCUAUGCAAUCUUUAAACUGCCAACGAACUCGCACUCCAGUAGCCCAUUGCAUCAAGUUGUUGGAUUGACAUUUGCUGUAAAUAAUUGCCAUUCGAGGGAAAUUUAUUCAAGGGCACUUCGAACUAUCCGUAAACCCUGCCGAUUAGGAACAAAAGAUGAUUUUCCAUUCGAGUGCGGCUCGAUUGCUUUGCACAUUUAUCAGUUUUAGGCAUUAGCUAUCGUUAGGUACGAUUAUGGAUGUAUAUGUAUAGCCGAUAAGUGGAUAAACUGGAUGUACUUCAGCCAUCAGCACUCGAAAGUUAUGGGCUAAACUCGUUUGUUUGUGACUGACCCAAUUUGUGGGCGCAGCUCGUUUAAUUGUAUAUAAUUAGUUUUGGCUAGAAACACACAAAGAACAGAAAAAACCAAAAACAAAAGGGGGAAUAUUUGAAAAUAAUGGCAAUUUAUAAUUGUGCUUAUCGAUAUAAUUGAUACGAAUGCAAUGCGAAUGUGCAGGCACUGUAAAUAAAUUCAUUAGUAGACGAAAUUGUAAUUUUAAUUAACUCUUAAACGAUAUAAACAGAUAAACAGCCGAUAAAAGCGAUUCGAAAGUUGCGAACCGCCCAGUUGGUAAGCAAAAUUGGCAAAACUCACCCGCAAAAUGAACUAAUAAAAACCACACUUAACACUAAAAACACUUUAAAUAAUAGUGAAAGCUAGUAAAAUUUAAUACGGACCCUUGGAUCUUGUAAAUAGAGUGAAUGGAUUAACAGCUAAAUAAUCGAAAUCCGUUGAGUGUCAAGUAUAAAAUGUCGGCUAAAAAUGAAUAAAACCAAAACAGUAACAAUAACGAAACCCUAGCGAAUACAUUAUGUACGAGUGUAUGUCACAGCAUUGCAGCUACAAGUAUAUAGUACUUACAUAUAUAAACCAGGUACUCUCAAAUCAUUUAUAUGUGUGCGUAUCCAUAGGUACCCUAUACAUAUGCAUAUAAGCAGCUAGGAUUGUUUCAAGAUCGACAUCAAACACACGGACACUGCAGGCGAGAGUUUUGUGAAA